CACCGUGACUUCGGUUUUAAUCGAAAACACCUCCCGUCUGAAUUCUCCCGGUUAUGAAGGCUCCUCGCUACGUUUCAUGUGACCUUUGGGCAGAGCAUGGAACUUUCUAUUUUAUUUUGUGGGGCCUUGAGUCGGGAUCUUCUUAACGUGUGCUUGGAAGCGGUCAUACCGGAACUCGGGCGCGCACAGAAAUAGUGCCAGAGAAACCAGAUACGCCGUAACUUUCUGCCUGAUACCUGUUUGGCUUGGUGUCUAAACUUUUCUAAGUGUUUGGGGGGCCUUUUUAUUUCCUGGGAACUUGGAAACUAUGAAGAGGAGCUCGGUGCUUUAUUAAUUACCCUGGAGGACUGCACCCCGAGUCAGACUCUUGAGCAUGGAUUGCUAGGAGAAAGGUAAAGCUGGUCUUGAAUGAAGCACUUCUGGCACGAGGAAGAUGGAAGGGAUCAACUCCAUUUGGAAGGGGAUGGUACCGAAGCAAACUUUCUUUUCAGCCUAAAUUCAAGGAAUACCGCCUGCCUGAUUUCUGGGAAGGAUACCGGUCGGUGCAGAUAACAUUCAAGGUUGUGCCUGUGCUGUGGGAAAUGCUGGCAAGGAGGUGAGGUGUCUCUCGAGGGUAUUUGGGAUGGGUGUUUUGAACCUCUGGAUCUUCCUCACUCCCGGGCAGGACACGCGAGGACUCCACAUCGGCGGGGAGACCUCCCCACACCUCAUCCCCGUGGGACCACUGAGUUCCCAAUGCUCCGUGGCGUUCCCGUAGACCCGAACUGAUUUCUUCCUUCGCAGCCUGCUUCGCUGAUCUUUCCGGAUUUAUCUGCUGGAGGAGGGACUCGCAAUAUUGGAUAUUUUUUUAAUUUUUUUUUUUAAUUUUUAUUUUUUUAUUAUUUUUUUUUUUUUUCAGUUUGUUUGUUUAAAAUAUGCCUCUGAGCUCCCAGCGGCCCUUGAGCACGUGGCACCGAGGAAGAGGGACGGCGAUGGCGAGAGCCAGCGUUGCCCGUUGAGCCGCGCUGGCGGUGGCCGAGCCCCUCCGUGCCGUGCCCGGGGUCUCUCUGGGAGCGCACACUCGGACCCCCCCAAGGAGCUUUUCCGAUCGGAUCCCGCCGCGGGGUGAGGACGCGUUCCCGACGGUAUGUGUGGCCCGAGCGCGCUGCUGCAGCUGGUAGCAUGAGUGCUGGCCCCCAGCUGCAGCUGGCUGUCCUCUGGCCUUGGCUGCUCAUGGCGACCCUGCAGGCAGGACUGGGCCACACUGGGCUGGCGCUGGUGGCCGCGGUGGAGUCGGAGCGGGCGGCGGCGCAGAAGGCCAUCAUCAGGGUGAUCCCCCUCAAAGUGGAGCCCAUCAUCCUGGAAGGGGAGUUCGCCAACGUCGCCGAGGUGACCCCGGCCGAAGGGAAGCUGCUCCAGUCCCACCCGCUGUCCCUGUGCAACACCAGUGAGGAUGAACACACCGAGUCAGGAUUCAUCACCAUCGUCAAGCUGGAACAGCCAGACCGGGAUCCCAACCCCUGCCUGUCCCUGGCUAACAAGGACUCCGUGCAGCAGCAGACCCUGCAGGCCAUCGGGCAGUUGGCCACACGCCGGUACCAGCCCCGGUGCCGCCCGGCGUCGCGGUGGGACUCGGCCAGCAGCUGCAGCUCCGCCCCAGUCUGUGCCAUCUGCCUGGAGGAGUUCAGCGAGGGCCAGGAACUGCGGAUCAUCUCGUGCUCCCACGAGUUCCAUCGGGAGUGUGUUGACCCUUGGCUGCAGCAACACCACACGUGUCCCCUUUGCAUGUUCAAUAUUCUUGCCAGAGACUCAACGGACCAGGCCACGGUCGCCAGCUCCAGGCUGGCCCCUCAGGACAUGGAGCCUGGACGGCGACUCCACCUUUUCCGCCAGCACCCAGGACAUGCCCUUUACCACCUCCCACACCCGUAUCCUCAGAGGAACCUCAGGAGCUUUCCCCCGGAGCCAGCCCACGGCAACCCCUUCUUCCACUCCCCAGAGCUCUCCCAGCUGGAUUUUGACACCAUCCACUACAUGCCCUACAGACCGGCCCCCUCCCUGCUCGCCUGCGGCCACACGUCCCCACUGGCCCCGGGCCUGCUGGGCCAGCAACUCCCCGUGCCCUCGGCGUGUGGGCAGGCGCUGGCACCCCACAGGACGUGUUCCCUGCAGGCCCAGCCCCCCUGCCCCGGGCUCAAGGCAGCCCUGGCACAGAAGCAGCACCGCGCGCCCGCCCUGCGCCGGGGGGUGAGCCACGGGCACCAGCACAACAGCAGCGGCUCCGGGGAGAGUUACCUGACGGAGCACAGCGGGUACCUGGCGGACGGGCCGGGCAGCGACUCCAGCUCGGGGCCCUGCCAUGGCUCCUCCAGCGACUCCAUGUUGAACUGCACGGACAUCAGUCUGCAGGGCAUCCACGGCAGCUGCUCCACGUUCCGCAGCUCCCUGAGCAGCGACUACGAUCCCUUCGUGUACUGCAGCUCCGAGGGCCCCGCCACGGACCACGGCCAGGAGCCGCUGCGGCCGCCCAGGGAGAGGCGGCCCAGGUCCUUGGACCUCAUGGUGCCCGGGGGGGCUGCUCCAGCCAAGCCCCAGGUGCUCAGCCACGUCCACUACCACCACCACCAGCACCACCACUACCGACGGGACACGGAGUGUCCCCCCGGGCGUGCCGGGCAGGGGCCUGUGCCACGCAAACCCCGCUACUCUGGGGCCAAGGUUGGCUUCCACGGGGCUCGGACACAAAAGAGGACUGAGAAGAGCCAUCACUGCCAGCAGCCUCCGGAAAGCAGCGCUGUGCUGCAGGAGGCAGCUCUGGCAGGACAGCCAGCCUGUCCCCAGGAAGGCCGGGAGCCCCCUCAUGCCCUCUCCGCUUCUCCAAACAGGUUGGACUUCAGUGUAGAUGCCAACAGACAGUUGGGAGCAGCUGGCACAUCCCUUGCCCUGCUGCCCCCAAGACACAGCCUGCAGAGCCGGCAUCACCGAAGGAAAAGAAAGUGUUCCCUGGAGCCCGACCCCGCUCUGCUGCCCAAGGACUCGGCCUUGCCCAAAGCCUGCGAUACUCACCUUCCCCACGGCCAUCCCAGUGGCUCCCGCUGCUCUCCCGAGGUCCAGCCCCUGAUCCCAAGCGCUCCCCUGCCCGGUGGCUCCGGCUCCCGGCCGCUCUGGAAGUGUUUGGUGCCACAGUCCAGCUCCGAGCUGAGGAAGCAGGAGGACGGGGUGUCGGGACGGGAGGGAACCCGCCCGGUUCCUGCAGAUUUCUCAGGGACAGGCACCCACCGACACAGUCUGAGUCUCCACCUGCACUGCCCGUCCCAGCAGGGUGGGCAGGGAUCUGAAGAGGAGGUCCAGGAUGUCCAUGAACACUCAGUCUAAUGAAACACUGGCCUGUUUGCUCCCUGGGAGCUGGAGUGGGCACAGAUGUUCGGCAGGAGGAGUUCACACCUCGCUCUCUGCACAGGACCGUGCGAUGCCCAGCCCGGCCCCACCAGAUACAGACUGCAAACAGCAGUGGGGCACUUGUGGUCUCCUCACACGUCCCCACAUUGCAUCAGUCCCACAAACAGAGCUGUGCUCUCCAGGCCCCCUUCUCUGAAGGCACAGGCAGCCCGUGGUCACCCUGUGGCACCUCUGCGUGGGCUGGGCAGAGGCACCAGCGGGAGAGCUCAGCGAGGGAGUGCAAGCUGCUAUUUUGGCAUGUUCAUGCCACAGAAGGUUUUGCUAAACACUUCAAAAAUAAACAAGCCUUCGAGACCAAAAGCUGCAGAAAUGACUUUCUGUGGCCUGGUAGCUCCUGACUUCAUUUCCUCACUUAGGUCAAAAGCCAGACUUCUCCAAUUAAGUUUUCCAUGCCUAUUUCAGACACAGGAACAAGCUAUUCUCCAUCUCACCGCUCACAGGUCUGCCCUGCAAGGUGCUGCUUCUGACUCCAGUGGAAACCAACAGCUCUCACCACUUCUGAUCCCUCCAGUGCCCCUCAGCUGACGCCGUCUUGGCCAUUCCCUGCAUUUGGCAGCAGCAGGAGAGGUGAAGACACAGGGACAACGUCAGCAUUUCUGGGAAGGAGCUGGGUCAGACUCUUUCCAUUGCAAAGAAUCCACCCUCUCAUCUGGCAAUGUGAACAAGUCUCUCACUCACCCUCUAACUCCUCCACCCACCCUCAAACUAGGUGUCAUGGCCAGCCCUGUUAAGAGCAACUCAUUUUUUGAGCGUAUUUCAAACCUGAGGUGUCCCCGUCACAGGAGUCAUGGAAAAUCCUUGAGUUCACGUGGUUCCUGCUGCUUCCUCUCUCACUGCCUCAAGACACAGCAAAAAUUCCCAGCAGAAGCCUCCAUAAUAAAUGCAGAGCAGGGCCCCGUCCAUCGCCCAGCC